AUGAAGAAGCCAUGGAGCAUAGAGAAUGAAGAGAAUCAGUUGGGGAUGAAAGUUGGUGCCAUGAUCAAGAAUGAUACUUGGUAUGAAACUGAGCUUCCCAAAGAAAAGAAAGCUGUUACAAGCCGUCUGCUCUUCACCAUCAAUGACAAGGAAUGUAUCAUCUUGACUAAAGCUUUCCUUAUGGCAUCCUUUGAUAUUAAAGACUUGGGGGAGUUAAAUUACUUCCUAGGGAUUGAGAUAUGUCGAUCAAAAGAAAGAUUAUUCUUAUCGCAAAGGAAGUACACUCUUGAUUUGUUGAGUGAGGCAGGUGAGCUUGGAUCAAGAGUAGCAAAGACUCCUCUUGAAGAUGGUUAUAAAGUGCUACGUGAGGGGGAGUUUGAAGACAAACACUAUAGGAGAAUGGUUGGGAAGCUCAUUUACCUCACCAUAACCAGAUCAGACGUGUGUUUUGUAGUCAAUCAAGUCAGCCGACACAUGCAAAAACCCAAGAUACAUCACUGGAAUAUGGUGGAAAGAAUCUUGAGGUAUCUACGAGAAGCACCAGGUCAAAGAGUCUGGAUGGCAUGCAAUGAAGCACUGAAAUCACUGGAUAUUGUGAUGCAGAUUGGGUAG